AAGGGAAGGCGGCUGGCUCCUUAAAUAACCCUGCACCACUUCCUCUGGCCAACUGGUGGUGUCCUAUGGAGCUGAUCUAGAGGCACAUCUGCGGAGGCCCUGUGUUCAGCGAUUGAGUUUCCCCCGUCAUCCUUAAUUGACGAAAGAACUGCAACCAGUAUAACUAUUGCUUUCAAGGGAGAUCAUUUCGAGCAUGUUAUAAUGGAAUUUUACCCUGGCUAUCUUGAAGACCAUUUCAAUAUCCACAAGCUUAGCAUCGGCAGCGCCGCCUCUCCGCCGGAGUACAUGACCUCGGCGUCGGCGCAGUUUGCGGCGCCCGUCAGAAUUGGGGUGUACGAGCGGCCGGGGCCAGCGCCGGUGAUCGGCAUGUGGAACAACGAGCCGUUCAAGGUCGACAGCGGCCUGGCCACGAGCGCGUCCACCAUCAUGGAGGCAGACACCAAGUUCGACACUAGGCUAGAAGAUGUUCCACAGGUAGCACUACAGCCAGCAAGAAGUACUGAUCAGGAAACAAGCAGGCCGCGAGCCAAGGUCCUGAGAAGACUUGCACAGAACAGAGAGGCUGCUCGGAAAAGCCGCCUGCGAAAAAAGGCUUAUAUCCAGCAACUAGAGACAAGCCGGAUGAAGUUGGGCCAAUUAGAGCAAGAGCUUCAACGGGCUCGACAGCAGGGUGUAUAUGCAAAUGGUAACCUGGGAGACUCAACUCUUGGAUUUUCAGGAUCGAUAGAUGCAGGUGUUGCUGCGUUCGAGAUAGAUUACAACCACUGGGUGGACGAGCAGAACAGGCACACGGCCGAGUUGAGGACCACUCUCCAGGGGCAGACGACGGAGCUCGAGCUGCGCAUACUUGUCGAGACCGGGCUCAGCAACUACGAGCACCUCUUCAGGAUCAAGGCAAUCGCUGCCAACUACGACGUGUUCUACGUCAUGUCCGGCAUGUGGAAGACCCCCGCCGAGCGGUUCUUCCUCUGGAUCGGCGGGUUCCGACCGUCAGAGGUCCUCAAGAUCCUAAGCCCGCAGCUGGAGCCACUGACGGAGCCGCAGUUCAUGGCCGUGUCCGGCUUGCAGCAAACCGCGACGCAGGCCGAGGACGCCCUCUCGCAGGGCAUGGAGAAGCUGCAGCAGAACGUCGCGGAGAGCCUGACUGUCACCAACCCGUUCGACUCCUCCGACGCGUACAUGCUGCAGAUGGAGACCGCGGUGGACAAGCUGAAAGAGCUCGUCGGCUUCGUGAUCCAGGCCGACCAUCUCCGGCAGACGACGUUGCAGGAGAUGCACAAGAUCUUGACGACGCGGCAGGCGGCGAGGGGCCUCCUCUUGCUGGGCGACUACUUCCAGCGCCUCCGCGCGCUGAGCCAGUUGUGGGCAGCACGUCCACGCGAGUCAGCGAUAAGCUAGAUGCAGUGGCGAAAAGCUAAUGACAAAAAAUUGAAAAAAGAUUAGUAAUUCGCUGCAUAGUUCCCGGAUCAGCGGCCAGUGUAGGGCGAAGAAAUCUACUACCUCACUGGAUUCGGACGAAGAAUUGAUGGCUUUUCCAGCAGCGCGGGGCUGCGUGCGUUUCACGAGGUCAUUUCAGGUCUGUAUUUGAUGAAAUAAUCAACGAAAAUUGAGGUCGUCGGAUGCGUGGAAGAUGUGCAAGUCUUUUGUUUUGGUACCAUGCCUGAGGCCUUCGACCGCCGUAUAAAUGAUGAAGCUUUUUAUUACUAGUGUUGUUGCGGCAUUAUAUGAUGUAAUUAUCUGUAGCAGUUGUCGAGUAAUUUCUCCAGUGUACGGAAUGCAGUUCUUCUGCCAUUGUAUUUGUAUUGUAUGGAACAAGAUAGUUCACUUGACAAGAGAGAUCUGUAGCAGUUCACUGCUUGCCUUGGA